AUGGGCAAGGUCUCAUUCAACCUCCCUACCCGUGGUGGCCGCGGCCAGCCCGACGACACCGAAGAUCAACGCCUCAAGCCUUACCUCCACGAGGACGACGACCUCCCCGACUACAGCAAGUUCCCCUACAGCACCUUCUUCCCCGAGGACCACAAGGGUAAGAACAAGAGCGAGGACCCCGUGCUGGAUAAGUCUUCUCCCCAGUACCGGGAGCGCGUAAAGAAGACGCUCGACGCCCUCCAGGAUGAGUACCAGGCGACCUAUGAGUGGUACAAGGACGCGAACUGCAAGGUCCUCGCUGUCAGGGAGGAGCGGGACCAACUGCUCUGGAACCUGGCCGUCCUCGACAUUCGCAACGUUACCGGGCAGUUUGAAAGCAGCAUGGACUCGAUCCACGAAGACGUCGCCAAGAUCCAGCGCGAGGUGCGUGACCAGAACAAGCCCAACAAGCCUACUUCUGAGUACUCGAGGCUGCGCCGCGACCGUGGAAUCGCGAGGCGUUGCCUCUACAGGACCGAGAUUGCUCUGGAGGCUGGCCUGCGGGAGCUCGCGCGGCUGGACGGGGCCGACUCUGACGCGUUCCGCCAGCUUCGAGGUAUGUGGGCGAGGCGCCAGAGUCGCCAUGCCGACGAUGAGAGUCUAUACUCGGAAACUUGGUCCGCCACCACCCAUGUGAUUGAUGAUUGA